GUUGCGUUGCGCGAACACCAGCCAUGCUCUUGUUAGCAUGUGCCUCUUAGGAGCUAGUGUUCAAGGAUAAAAAGGCUUAAGAUGAAUCGGGCUUCCCGAUGGACGAAAAUGGCUUGGAUCUCUCACGGGCCAUCAGUCGGUCUAUUUCCCCUCGUUUCCCAGGCAGACGUGUCACUGAUAGCUGACAUACAAGACAAGGGUAUAGUAGCACUGAAUUCUGAUCAUAUAAAUUGGACCGUCUUCCCUUUGGAGACGGACCUGGGUACCCCGGUGCUAUUUAUGUAAUUUUCCAUGAUAUCGCCAAAAUGUGGAAGACUCGAGCUCUUCAUUUCCCAUAUAUUCUGCUGAUCAUCUUACUCUGCACCGGCAAAAUCUCAGCCGCUAAACAUGGGCCAUUUGGACAAAAGGUCCGCGACGCGCAGAGACUGUCUGGACGUGCCGUCCCGCAGCAAGCGCCAUUGAAACUCCCCCAGGAUGACUUCCGCUUCCUGAACCAGGAGACAAAACCGUACCUAGUCGAAAGCCUACCCGAUGUCCCUUUCGACAUCGGGGAAAUGUACUCUGGGUCGGUGCCCGUCGACCAAGGCAACGACCCACGGUCUCUUUUCUUCGUAUUUCAACCUACUAUCGGGGAUCCUGUGGACGAAAUUACCAUCUGGCUCAACGGUGGACCGGGCUGCAGCUCGCUUCAGGGCUUCUUCCAGGAGAAUGGGCGGUUCCUCUGGCAGAAAGGCACGUAUCUGCCGGUGCAGAAUCCAUAUUCCUGGGUUAAUCUCACCAAUAUGCUGUGGGUUGACCAGCCUGUCGGGGCGGGAUUCGCCCUUGGCACGCCGACAGCCACGUCCCAGGAGGAUAUAGCCGACGACUUUGUCAAGUUCUUCAAGAACUUCCAGCAAAUAUUCGGGAUCAAGAGAUUUAGGAUCUUCGUGACAGGGGAGAGCUAUGCGGGCCGCUAUGUGCCGUACAUCUCAGCGGCCAUGCUGGACCAGAAUGACACGGAGUACUACGACAUGCAGGGCGCCCUGGUCUACGAUCCCUGCAUCGGGCAAUACGACUACGUGCAAGAACAAGCCCCCGCCGUGCCUUUCGUUCAAGAAAACGCGAAUCUCUUCAACUUCAACGCGAGCUUCAUGGAGGAGAUUGAGAGUCUGCACAAAACCUGCGGCUACGAGUCCUACAUGGACAAGUACCUCACCUUCCCACCAUCCUCGCCGCAGCCGCCCGUAUCAUUCAACGCCACGGACGAAGCAACAAGCUGCAACAUCUUCGGCUCCAUCAACGCCGCCGUGCUACAGAACAACCCAUGCUUCAACAUCUACCAAAUCUCCCAGAUGUGUCCCCUGCAGUGGGACGUACUAGCCUUCCCGACAGCCUUCUUCUACCAACCGGCCGGCGCCACAGUGUACUUCGACCGGGCCGACGUCAAGCGCGCCCUACACGCGCCCGAGCAUAUCACCUGGGCCGCGUGCACAGAGGACGCCGUCUUCGUCGGCGGGCCCGGAGCCGAGGGCGACCUCUCCGCCAACCCCAUAGAGACGGUCCUGCCGCAGGUGAUUGAGGCGACGAACCGGGUGCUCGUCAGCAACGGCGACUACGACAUGAUCAUUCUCACGAACGGCACGCUGCUCGCCAUCCAGAACAUGACGUGGAACGGGGCGCUGGGGUUCCAGGCGGCGCCGAGCACGCCCAUCAACAUCACGCUGCCGGACCUGCAGUACCGGGACGUGUUUAUGGCAAAUAACGUGACGGGGUGGCAGGACGGGCAGGGGGUGAUGGGCGUGCAGCACUAUGAGCGCGGGUUGAUGUGGGCGCAGUCGUUCCAGACGGGGCAUAUGCAGCCGUCGAAUCAGCCGCGCUUGACUUAUCGCCACUUGGAGAGGUUGCUGGGGCGGGUGGAUGAGUUAUGAUUGGGAGUCCGGACGGUCAUACCUCACGUGGGUUGUAGUUUACUGUCGCAAUUUAAGAUCGUGCAUAAAAGGGUACCCACCGAGCUCAGAAGUGUCUAGAUAUCUUUUGUAGCUGAGUGGUAUUCUCUCCGACACUUACUCUCCAUAUUGACAACUCAUCAUCCACUCAAGCUAGGAGUUACCCAUCAUACACAGAAACCAUCAGUGUGUUCGAACUCAUUAUGUUGGAAUCUUUCUGGCAUUCACGUCAGGAAUACAAAUCGGGAGGGUGGAGAGGACCUCUCAUCUCUGGAUUGAAAGAUACGACACCGUCUCACUGGUCUAGAACGCCACGUGCCGGAUGAUCGCACGGUCCAUCAAAACUGUGGUUGCCUUAUUUGCCUGAGGUUUUUAUACAGAUUUAAACCGAGUUUGAACCGACUUGUAGUAUUAGUAGAAGUCUC